ACCGUAAUCCAGUCUGCGCACGCGUAGUAUUGCCACCGGGCUCGGCCGACCGUUCUCGACCUACGAGUGCAGUUACCGUUAGCUACUAAAUCGUUUCAAAGUGGAUUAUGUAAAUAGUUCGUCUGCUGUCAAUUAUCCUUAAUUUAAAAUAAGUACGCGUCUGGAUUGUGAAUAUCGCGAUUUGAAUUAUUCCCUCCUCCCAUAAUCCUGCGCGGAUCCAUCAUGGCGGCACCCGUUACGGCCCGGAGCUGCAGUGCGACGAAAACAUUGGAACGGGAUGCCACCUGAACUAAUCAAACCACCAUCCUUGGCAGCGCAUUGAGGUUAUGUCACUUUGGCAAUGCAUUUGGAAGAGAAAUAUUCAGACAACAGCAUCAUGUUUAAAGAACCGAGCAGCCCGAGUUCGAGUUGCCAAAGGUGAUAAGCCAGUUACUUAUGAGCAGGCGCAUCCACCUCACUACAUUGCUCACAGGAAAGGCUGGCUGUCCCAGCACACAAGCAACCUGGAUGGUGAAGACGGAGCUGCAGAUCGCACCAUUGAAGAUGUUUUCAUCCGCAAGUUUAUUUAUGGAACAUUCCAUAGAUGUCUCGCCAAUGAGAUUGUGUUGAAGAGAAGAGCAAAUACCAUUGUUAUCUGUGCCAUCUUCGUUCAGAAACUUACUCCACAGAAAUUUUAUUUUUUAAUAGGCUAUACAGAGACACUACUCUCCUACCUGUACAAAUGCCCAGUGAAGAUGGAAGUGCAGACAGUGGAUAAGAAAGUCGUGUAUAAGUAUAUCUGACAGUCUGCAAAGAAGCAAUACUCCCUGGAUAUUGAAUGAGUGGUAUAACCCAAUUUAUUUUAAAUAAAUAUUUGCUCUA